CCAUUUGGCCAUGUUACGACCUACCAACAGUAAUGUUAAAAUUUCAAUCUUUUUUUUUUCCAAUUUUUUUUCAAUUUUUUUACAAUUUGUUUUCUCUUUCCGGUAUAUUCGAGCAAGACCUAUGGUGGAAAAUGAGUGCCGCGUUGCGUCAGUCGUGCGGACCUACUGAGAUACGUGUGUUCCAAAAAAUGAAACAAACUUCGUCUAACAGUUUCAAUGAGCGAGACUUACGCUGUAAAACGAAACAAGAUCUUAAUGGUAUAUAUACUUCGAAAAACCGUUCCGCUAGACCGUCCCAAAUCUCUCGAAAAGAAUCGAGAGUCCCGUUAAAAAUUCUGACAAGCACGCUACGAUGCAGAACGCGAUUCUCGCAUUUUGCAAUUUUAUUUUAUUUUAUUUUA